AUGACUAACCACACAAUAACAACAUUUAUCCUGCUGGGACUGACUGAUAACCCACAGCUGAAGGUUCUGAUUUUCAUCUUUCUAUUUCUCACCUACACAUUGAGUGUAACUGGGAACCUGACAAUCAUCUUCCUCACCUUCAUGGACUCAAACCUUAAAACUGCCAUGUACAUUUUCCUACAAAAUUUCUCCUUCUUAGAAAUCUUAUUUAUAUCUGCUUGUAUGCCCAGAUACUUGUACAACAUAUCAACAGGUGACAAGACAAUUACAUAUGACAAUUGUGUCAUUCAAAUUUUUUUUACAGACCUCUUUGGUGUUACAGAAUUUUUUCUCCUUGCCACCAUGUCCUAUGAUCGAUAUGUAGCCAUCUGCAAACCCCUACAUUAUGUGACCAUCGUGAACAACAGGGUCUGUAGAAGACUUGUCCUUUGUUCCUGGACAGCUGGCUUGUUGAUUAUACUCCCACCACUUGGCAUGUUUCUAAAUCUGGAAUUCUGUGACUCUAAUGUCAUUGACCAUUUUGCUUGUGAUGUAAACCCUCUCCUAAAGAUCUCAUGCUCGGAUACAUGGCUCACAGAGCAGAUGGUCAUAAUCUGUGCUGUAUUGACCUUUAUCAUGACUCUUGUAUGUGUACUUCUCUCCUACAUGCACAUUGUCAAGACCAUUCUAGGAUUCUCUUCUGCCCAGCAAAGGAAAAAGGCAUUUUCUACCUGCUCUUCCCACAUGAUUGUGGUCUUCAUCACCUAUGGCAGCUGUAUUUUCAUCUAUGUCAAACCUUCAGCAAAGGAGUCAGUGGCUGUUAACAAGGGUGUGACAGUGUUAACUACUUCCAUUGCUCCCAUGCUGAACCCUUUCAUUUACACCCUGAGGAACAAGCAAGUAAGACAAGCCUUCAAUGACUCAAUAAAAAAAAUCGUAUUUUUCUCAAAUAGUGGGAUCUGUUGA